UGCCAGUCACGGGGCACGCAUCUAUGGUCCCGAGCUGAAGACGCGAAGCCCACUGGCACGUAAGGGCCCACUCUACGGCGGCCCGUGUCUGCCACACACAAUUCUGUGACGGGAGCAUUCUCGGGCGCGCCUGCGUUCCGGGAGUGCCAUGUGUGCCCCCCGUCGAGCUAUAAAACGGCCUUGAAUAACGAAGGGCUCCCCGCAGAAGAACCUUCGCCUGUCACGAUGCAGCUCUUCACCGCGGUGCAGCUGAGUGUGGCCCUCGCCCUUGUCCGGAUUGUCCAUGGUCAGGCUGCCGAGUGGGGACAAUGCGGCGGUAUUGGAUGGAGCGGUGCCACGACUUGCGUCUCUGGCACGACAUGCACGGUCAUGAACGCGUACUAUUCACAAUGUCUUCCCGGAGCUGCCCAGAGCGCCCCGCCGCCUGUCACUAGUGCUCCCGUUACCACUCCCGCCAGCCCCACCACGGCCCCAGCGACUUCGGCCCCUGCGCCCACAAGCCCAGCAGGUGCCUGCGCGACGGCGUCCACCGUCUCGGGCUUCAGUAACGCGAAGCUCCCGAACCCCUUCAUCUUCAACGACGGGACCCCAGUGCAGUCCGCGGCGGACUGGCAGUGCCGCAGCCAGCAGCUCCUGGCGCUCAUCCAGGGCUACGAGGCUGGCGCUCUCCCCGGGAAGCCGUCUUCGCUGACGGCUUCGCUGUCGAAGUCUGGGACCUCUGGGACGCUCACGAUCACCGCAAGCAACAGCGGCUCCUCCAUCACCUUUGCGCCCAAGAUCACAUUCCCGUCUGGCAACCCGCCCGCUGGUGGAUGGCCGCUGCUCAUCGUCUACGAGGGCCUGAGCAUCCCCGUCCCCGCUGGCAUCGCGACCCUCAUCUUCGAGAACUCCGACAUGGCCCAGCAGAACGACGCGUCGACGAGCCGUGGUGUCGGUCUGUUCUACAAUCUCUACGGCAAGACCGCAACGGCGAGCGCGAUGACAGCGUGGGCGUGGGGCGUGAGCCGCAUCAUCGACGCGCUCGAGCAGACCCCCUCGGCGAACAUCAACACGCAGAAGAUCGGCGUGACGGGCUGCUCGCGCAACGGCAAGGGCGCGCUGAUGGCGGGCGCGCUCGAGCCGCGCAUCGCGCUCACGAUCCCGCAGGAGUCCGGCUCGGGCGGCGACGCGUGCUGGCGGCUGUCCAAGUACGAGCAGGACCAGGGUUCGGUCGUGCAGACCGCGACAGAGAUCGUGACUGAGAACGUGUGGUUCUCCACGAACUUCGCGAACUACGUCAACAACCUGAACACGCUGCCGUUCGACCACCACAGCCUCGCGGCGCUCAUCGCGCCCCGCCCGAUGAUCUCGUUCGAGAACACGGACUAUGUGUGGCUCAGCCCGCUCAGCUCGUUCGGGUGCAUGACCGCCGCACACACCGUGUGGGACGCGCUCGGGGUUGCGGACCACCACGGGUUCGAGCAGGUCGGCGGGCACGCGCAUUGCGCGUGGCCGUCGUCGCUCACGCCGCAGCUCAACGCGUUCUUCAACCGUUUCCUGCUCGGCCAGAACGUCAGCACGACCUUCUUCGACUCGAACAAGGUCUUCAACGGCGUCACCUGGAACGCUGCCCAGUGGAUCGACUGGACCACACCCCAGCUCCACUGAUACGUUGAUUCGAAGCCUUCUCGGAAAGAGUCAAUCGAGGUAGCACGCCUCCGCGGUCGUACCAGGUCGUUGUAACCUUUCGAGUGUAAUAAAAUGACGUCGCCCUGUAUAAAUCACUGCCUGGAACCCCAGCACAACGCUACAUAGCAUAGCAUACCGUACAAUUCGCUGAUCUGUACUGAUUCAACUUCGCCGUAACUGCACGACCAGUAGUGCGGCAGUACUCA